AUGCGAGGGCAUCCGAGGGCAAGAGGAAUUACGCGAGGAGCAGGAGGGAGUGCACGGCGACCUACAAGAAACAAACUAUACAAAGAACAGAGCUGGGCUUCAAUGGCGGCGGUGUGUGGUGAAAACAAGACAAGCUUUAAUAAAUAUGCUCUUUCUUGUGCUAUUCUUGCUUCUAUCAUCUCCAUCAUUUUUGGCUAUGAUACUGGAGUUAUGAGCGGAGCGAUGAUUUUCAUAAAGGAGGAUCUGAAUAUCAGUGACGUCCAAGUCGAAGUCCUCGCCGGGAUUCUAAAUAUAUGCGCUCUGUUUGGAUCUUUAGCGGCGGGAAGAACGUCUGAUUACAUUGGACGGCGCUAUACGGUCGUUUUAGCGUCGGUGAUUUUCUUGAUCGGUUCGGUUUUGAUGGGAUAUGCUCCGAAUUACGCUAUCUUAAUGACCGGACGAUGCAUUGCCGGACUCGGUGUCGGUUUCGCCCUCAUGAUCGCUCCGGUUUACUCGGCAGAGAUUUCGUCUCCUUCGAAUCGAGGUUUGUUGACAUCUUUGCCGGAGCUUUGCAUCAGUUUCGGCAUCUUACUCGGCUACACUUCGAAUUACUUGUUCGGGAAAUUGACUCUGAGACUCGGCUGGCGGAUGAUGCUCGGCGUCGCCGCCGUCCCUUCGAUAGUCUUAGCCAUCGGCAUAUUGAAAAUGCCGGAGUCACCGAGAUGGUUAGUCAUGGAAGGUCGAUUAAAAGACGCCAAGGCAAUCUUAUUACUGAUAUCCAACACCGAGGAAGAAGCCGAGUCUCGGUUCCACGACAUAAAACUCGCGGCUGGGAUCGAUCCGAAUUGCGUCUCGGACGUCGUCAAGCCAACCAACAUCAACCACGGCCAAGGCGUAUGGAAAGAACUUAUAAUAAACCCGACACCGAGCGUACGUCGGAUCCUAAUCGCCGCCAUCGGAAUCCAUUUCUUUGAGCACGCAACGGGAAUCGAAGCAGUCGUAUUGUACAGUCCAAGAAUCUUCAAGAAAGCCGGAAUCGUCACCAAGAGCAAGCUCUUACUCGCCACUGUCGGUGUCGGCCUAACAAAAACACUUUUCAUCUUAAUAGCCACACUUUUCCUCGACAGAUUCGGGAGACGACGACUCCUAUUAACCAGCACCGGAGGAAUGAUCCUUUCCUUGACCGGUUUAGGCUUUGCCUUAACCAUGGUGGAGAUCAAACCAGACGAAAAACUACUCUGGGCAUUAUGUUUAAGCAUCGUCUUCACCUACACGUACGUAGCCUUCUUCUCCAUCGGCCUUGGUCCGAUCACAUGGGUUUAUAGUUCCGAAAUAUUUCCUCUCAAAUUAAGGGCACAAGGGGCCAGCAUCGGUGUUGCAGUCAAUAGGUUGAUGAAUGCCGUAGUUUCGAUGAGCUUUAUCUCGAUAUACGAGGCCAUUACCAUUGGAGGUGCCUUCUUUAUAUUCGCCGGUGUAUCAGUCGUGGCAUGGUGGUUUUUCUACUUUUUGCUGCCGGAAACCAAGGGAAGGACACUGGAAGAGAUCGAGACGCUCUUCAGCAAGAACACCGCACGGCAUGGAAACCCAAGUCUGGAAAUUCAGCCGACUAGUAAUACCGGUGUUUCAGUAGGAGUUUGA